AUGAGGACUAAACUGAGGAAGAUCCCACCACCACCACCACGGUAGAUUCAGAGGCAGGCUGCGAGUCCCGGUCUCCUCGGCUGCGCCCAGCAGGAGGCUGUUGCUACGUGUCUGCUGCUCUCUGUUCUCCUGCAGCCCAGCUGUGGACCAGCCCUUGUUGACUUUGCAGAGAUCACAUGGCAUCCUCACCGUGGCCGGCUCUGAGGGGGCUCUGCCUCUGCAAAAACUCUGCUAUGGUCAGCACAGGCCUCCUCCUCAUCCUCCUCCUCAUCCUCCUCCUGCUGCUGCUGUCUUUACCCCUCGCUGCUACCAAAGAAAAGGUAGAGCUCGAUCGUGUUUGCACACCCUGAAGAUACACACACACGUGUUAAAGAAGAGUUUGUCAAACAUCUGCAUUACUUUUCCAAACAGUGAUGAGCCUCCACACUUUAAAUCCUUGUUUGUUCCAGCUGACAAGUUCAUGCCCAUUAAAUCAAACCUGACUCUCCUCAGGUUUCCUGUCUCUGUUUACAUAAAUAAGCUCCAACAAGUCAAGGCCACCAGCCAGACUGUUUUUAUUUCUGCUAUCAAAUGA